GCAUGUGUCCAUCCUCCCCACUGUCCUCUACCUCCUGCUGGGAGUCUUCAUGAGAACUGGUCCACGCAGCCCGCUCACACAGCGGUGUCCCAGACGCCGCGGUGGGUGGGGCUGGGCUGGCAGUGGUGAGUCAAGCGGCUCUGCAGGUGCUUAAGGUUGUCCUUUCGUGUCCAAUGAGCCGGCAGGAGAAGAGCCGUGGAGCCUGGAAGCUGCUGCUCCGCUCUGCGCUCAAAACGCUGCUGGGCCUGUGGGAAAGCGAGGAACUCUGGCUGCGUUGUGGAUCACGUCAGCCUCCUCACUGCUCUGACCAUCCUUCCUGUUGUGCUGCUGGACCGGAUGUCUGCGCCGUGGAGCCCCUGCACACGCUCGUUCUGCAGCGCUUCUCCACCAGCAAUGACGCCAAAGACCCAGCGGUUGUGAUUCGGUGUUUCCAGCUGCUCACAUCAGUGUUUCAGACUCAGUCAGAUGUCGCCAUCAUGUACAUCAAGGCCCUCGGCGCGCAGCUGGUUCGAUUCCUCCAGACUCCUGAGGUUCUGUCAUUAGUUAAAGUCUGA